AUGGUUGAGCCAAAAGGUCGAACCGUGGGAGGUACCGAGUACAGCUGGUGCAGGGCGGUUCGCGGUGGCACCGGCAUCGCCGUGCUAGCAAUGCUCACCUCAAAAGCCCUAGACCCUUCCCGUCUCCAAAAUGCACUCAACAAACUCCAAAAUUCCCACCCUAUCCUCAAGUCCAAGCUCCAUUAUUCCAACACAACAACAUUCUCCUUCGUCACCUCUCCCAACCCCUUCGUCAAAGUCACAUUUCACAACCUCCACACGACAAACAAAAACGACACCGUUUCUCCACUUCAAGAAAUCCUAGAACACGAGCUUAACCAAAACUCUUGGCAUGACAACCCUAGCAGUAGUAGUGACAUGUUCUUCGCGAGCGUUUAUACGCUGCCUAACGGAGCUUGGGUGGUGGUGAUGCGGCUUCACGUCUCCGCAUGCGACCGUACAACGGCGGUGUCGCUGUUGAGGGAACUGCUUGUGCUGAUGGAAGAGGAAGAAGGUGAAGAAGAUGAAGGUUGGAACAAAGGGGAGGUUGAUUUAGCUAUGGAGGAUCUUGUGCCUGGUGGGAAGGGCAAGAAGGCUUUGUGGACUCGAGGUCUUGACAUGCUUAGUUAUUCCAUUAACUCUCUCAGGUUAACAAAUUUGAAGUUCAUUGACACCAAAGCCACAAGGUUUUCUCAGAUUGUGAGGUUACGACUCAACCAAAAUGACACUAAGAGGGUUCUAUCUGGUUGCAAAAGGAGUGGGAUUAAGCUAUGUGCGGUACUGACAGCUGCGGGAUUGAUGGCUGCUCAUUGCUCCAAACGUAGUUCCAAAAAGUAUGGGAUCAUCACCUUCACUGACUGCAGAUCCUUACUCGAACCCCCUCUCUCUGUUCACAAUUUCGGUUUUUAUCAUUCUGCCAUUCUCAAUUGCCACGAGAUGAAAGGAGGAGAAAGCCUGUGGGAGCUAUCAAAGAGGACUUACGAAGCAUUUGCAAACUCUAAGAAAGGGAACAAACAUUUUUCAGAUAUGGCUGAUCUUCAAUUUCUCAUGUGCAAGGCCAUAGAUAACCCAGGUUUGACCUCAUCAUCUUCGUUGAGAAUGUCAUUCAUGGCGGUGUUUGAGGAUACGGUGGUGGACAAUGGCGACAAGAAGCAACGAGAGGUUGGGGUAGAGGACUACAUGGGAUGUGCUUCUGUUCAUGGGGUGGGGCCAUCUAUUGCCAUUUUUGACACCAUAAGAGAUGGAAGCUUGGAUUGUGUGUGCGUGUACCCAGCACCAUUGCACUCUAGGGAACAGAUGCAAGAGCUUGUUAGUAAGAUGAAUGCUAUCCUUAUUGAAGGUGCAAAGACUUGCGAGGAAUGA